CUUGUUUAAAAUUAUUAAAUAUGUCAAAAUUUCCUGAGUGUUUUGCUGAAACAUGCCACCAAACAGCCUCUGUUUACGUGGAGAAGGAGAAAAGUUACUUCUGUGGAGACUGCUUAGAUCCAGAUUUUGAUGAGAACGAAGUAGAAAAACUGGUCUCUCCUGAUGAUGUCGCUAUGAACCUUGAAAUAGUGGAAGAUGUGCUGAAGAAGUUUAAAGAUUUUGCUGCUGAUAAAUAUGAAGAUGAAACUAAUGAGGCCACAAAGAACCUAUGAGAUGAACUACUGUGAGAUGUCGAAGGACUUAAAGAUAAGCUAACCAAAGCUCUGAAUGGCGGGCUUUAUUACGAGUUUUCAACUUUGAACACAAAAGCUACAAAUAUCAAGAGGACUCUGGAGAGUAAGAAGACAUUUGCAUGCUUCGCUUUCAAGAAAUUAUGGAGAUCUGCACAAAAAGAAAAAAUGAGCAUAGAGAGCCCUGCUAGUGAAGCAAGACAGCCUUCUGGUGAGGAGGAUAAGCUUCAAGAGGAGCUUAAGCAAAAAGAACUCAGAAUUGAAACUCUUGAAAAAGAAAACAAGAAACUACACCAAGAGAAGGGAGUCCUUAAAGCUGAAAGCAAAGACCAAGAUCACAGCCAAUCUGAACCAAACGCUGAAGAUCAACAAGAAAGCUCGGCUCUAAAAGCAUCUGCUUCAGGAGAUACUUCUGCUUUAGAGAAGACUAAGAUGGAGAAAGACAAGAAUCCUGAAAUCACUGAAGAAGAAAAGGCAAGCGUGGAAGAAGAGAAGAAAACCGAACAAGAUUCGGAAGAAGUCGACUUAGUAUAUAAAGAAGAAACUUACUCCAAUGGAGACUCCUACAAAGGACAAGUCAACACUUACACUGAGAAGCAACAUGGACAAGGGACUUAUCUGUGGAAGAGUGGGAAAAAGUACAUUGGACAGUGGAAAAAUGGGAAACCAGAAGGUCAAGGGAUUAUGUAUUUUGAGAGUGGAGAUAUGUACGAAGGAGAGUGGGUAAAUGGGAAGAAGCAUGGUACUGGAUUAUUCACUUGGAAGAACGGAGCAACUUACCAAGGAGAAUGGGCAAAUGAUUGGAGGAAUGGACAAGGAAUCUACAAAAAACAAGAUGGGUCAUUCUAUGAAGGAGAGUGGGAAGAUGACAAGAAAAGUGGACAGGGUGUUGAAUGUCAUCCCAGCGGUAAUAAGUAUGUUGGUCAAUAUCAGAAUGGUUUAUGGCAUGGAGAGGGAGUAUUCACUUUUAAGGAUGGAAGCACUUAUCAAGGACACUGGGAAAAUAAUGAGGAGAAUGGUUAUGGAGUCCUUAUUGAUCCGAACACUGGGGAGAUAUAUGAAGGACAAUGGAAGGAUGGGGAAGAGCAUGGAGAGUUCACUGUUAUACUUAAAGAUGGACAAAGAGUAACUCAAUAUUAUGAUAAUGACAAGUAGGUGUAGAUCUUAAGGA